CCUUCCUUAUCUGGUGCAAGCAACGGCCUCCAAUAAGCUACUAAGAAUUAGAAGGGAAAAGAUAACAAAGCAAUAAUGUGGGUGACAACCAUGCCUUAUUCAUCUCUCCUUAAACCAUAUUAUUAUUACCUUCAUAAUCAUAACAAUAAUACUAAUAAUAAUUUUCUUUAUCACCAUCAAAGAUUCUUCAACAUCAACUUCCAAAAAUGGACAACAAGAGCUUCCUCUGCUGCACCUGGUGUGGACCUCAACACUCUUGAUUCUGCCAUUGCCAAGAAAGAUAGUAAUGCUGUUAAAGAGGCACUUGAUCAACUGAAUGAAAUUGGUUGGGCUAAGAAAUGGAGUUCACAACCAUAUGUUUCACGUCGUACGACAUCACUUCGAGAGCUGACAACUUUAGGGAUUAAAAAUGCGGAGAAUCUUGCAAUCCCUAGCGUCAGAAACGAUGCCGCUUUUCUUUUUACUGUGGUUGGAACAACUGGAUUCUUGGGUAUUUUGGCCGGCCAACUUCCCGGGGAUUGGGGCUUCUUUGUACCAUACUUGAUUGGGAGUAUUUCCUUGGUUGUUUUGGGUGUAGGUAGCACAUCCCCCGGGCUUCUCCAAGCAGCCAUAAGCAGCUUUUCAACAGUUUUUCCUGAUUAUCAAGAAAGGAUUGCUAGACAUGAAGCAGCCCACUUUUUGAUUGCUUAUCUGCUUGGCUUACCCAUUUUGGGAUAUUCACUUGACAUUGGAAAAGAGCAUGUCAAUCUCAUUGAUGAGAGGCUUGAAAAGCUUCUCUAUAGUGGUCAGCUUGAUGCUAAGGAGCUAGAUAGAUUAGCUGUUGUAUCAAUGGCUGGACUGGCAGCAGAAGGUUUAACAUAUGACAAGGUGAUUGGUCAAUCUGCUGAUCUUUUCACUCUCCAGAGGUUUAUAAACAGAACCAAGCCACAAAUCAGCAAAGAUCAGCAACAAAAUCUCACCAGAUGGGCCGUUUUGUUUGCUGCUUCUCUCUUAAAAAACAACAAGGCGAUCCAUGAAGCCUUGAUGUCAUCGAUGGCAAAAAAGGCAAGCGUACUGGAGUGCAUUCAGACAAUUGAAAACGCAUCAUAGUUCAACAUUAAAGUGCUACUACUAUAAGCUAUUAUUACAUACAAACUAAUAUCUCAUGUAUAAACAAAGUUUACAAACUUAAAAUCAUAAUUUUAUAUUUUUUUUGUAAAAAUGCAUAUCAUUCAAGCUAUCGAUCAAUA